AUGCUGUCUCGCCGCGUGCUCCAGUCAACUUGUCUCUCCGCUGCGAGAAGGAGCAACGCGAAGCUCUGGACUCUUGGAAGACUGAACCACGUCGCAAUCGCCGUUCCAGAUUUAGACGAGUCUACUGCUUUUUACCGCGACACGCUCGGAGCCGAAGUUUCCGGCAAAGACGACCUUCCAGAGCACGGAGUCACCACCGUAUUCGUCAACUUGCCGAACACGAAGCUCGAAUUGCUCCAUCCUCUCGGCGAAAAAAGCCCGAUCGCCGGCUUUUUGGAGAAGAACAAAAAAGGCGGCAUUCAUCACAUCUGCAUCGAAGUCGACGACAUUCGAGCAGCGAUGAAGUCUUGCGCCGACGCUGGAAUUAGACUUCUCAACAAGGAACCGAAAAUCGGAGCGCACGGAAAACCAAUUGUGUUUUUGCAUCCAGCUGACUGCAACGGAGUUCUGACAGAACUCGAGGAAGCCUAA